AUGUCUAUUGUCACCAUCCAGAACUUUGAUAAUGAUAGAAAGGACAAGAUCCUAUAUUGCUAUAUUCUUGCUUUUGAAUAUACUCGCACAAACUACUACAGUGUUUAUGUAACUGAUUUUACCUCGCACCCAAGUAUAGGAACUCCAAUCAGUAAUCACAUAAGGGUAGGUUUCACUGAUGAUGGGUUGAAUCUCCUUGAAAACGACAAGAUUUUGCAUUUGCAAAUUUAUUCCACUGAAUUCCUGCCUAUUUUGAAGGUAAUUGAGUCCAUUAGGGACAAAAACUUAACUCGUUUUAUCAGCGAUAAGGGAAAAAUCGAGGGAUAUGAUAAUCCAUAUUUCAAAGACUAUUAUAAAGAUUUAAUAGAUGACCAAUUUUCUUAUAAACGAGAAUAUAAUGAUUUUGGAAUGAAUUACGUUGAUCAUUUGGGUUUAUUUGCUAGAAUUUACGCAUUCCCCAAAGUGUAUCAUAAUCUAUUGGAAGGUCGAAUGAAAAAAAUUUUUUUUUAUUCUUUGGAGAGCCCAAUGAAUGUGAACAAUGAUUUAUUCUCCAACAAAACUCAUGAAAAUUUAACUCAAUUAUUUGCAAAAUUCAUGAUGUAUGUCUCAUCAAAUUUUUUUAAUGUUUUUCUAAUAAAUUUUUCAAAAUCAAUUCCUAAAGAUAUCAUAAACUUUUAUUUCCAGAGAUUUGAUAAAAAGAUAAAACAUAAUAAUGAUAAUGAUAAUAAUAAUGAUAAUGAUAAUAAUAAUGAUAAUGAUAAUGAUAAUGAUAAUGAUAAUGAUAAUCACAAACACAAUGGCAAUGAUAGUAAUACUGACACUGAAGACAAUUUCUUUGACAAUUCAAAUAAUUAUGAAUCCUCUCAAAAGAAGGGUUAUUCAAAUAGUAACCUUAAAGGGUUCAAACCUCCAAAGAGUUACUCAAGUCCAUUAGAGAAAAAAGCUUUAGUCAAUAUAAAUAGUUUCCCCGGGGAUACAUUUUUAAGUGAUGAUACUAUAGAUUAUGAUAACAGUUAUAAAGAUACAUAUAUUGAAUUUGAUGAUUUGAUUCAUAAUUAUGAUAAUUAUCCCAAGUCAUUGAAAAUCAAAGGGAUUAUAGUGGGAUUUGAGCCGAUUAAUGGAGUCUUUUUAACAAAGGAGAAUGAGUUAAAUGAAAAGAUUUAUUAUAAUAACUUGAAGGUAAUUGUAUGCAAUGAUUCUGAUUAUAAAACAAAGGAGUUGUAUCAAAAAUAUAAGAUAAUUUCCCAAAAAAAUAUAAUAGCUUUAGUUAUUAAUAAUGAAUUCAAUUUGCUAAAAUUUUUCAACAAAUAUGGGAAAUUUACAAACCUUGAAGAAAUUUAUAAAAACACAGAUAAAAUUAUUGAAAAAUUCAAUGAAAUCUUACAGAAAACAAUGGAACUGGAUAAAAAAUUGGAAUUUGAAAUAAAUAAAAGCAACACCAAAAUUGGGUUGAAUUCAUAUAAAAAAGAGUGGGAACUUGGUGAAGACACCACCUUUGAUUAUAUAUUAAAUAAGUGUAAUAUCACAAAGUAA